AUGGCUCAAACUGAAUCUUCCCCGUUACUUGGUCGUCCACAAGGAAAUAAUCGCUCCUCCUUACGUCGUGCCUUGUACGUCAUUAUUCCUUUGGCAUUAAUUGCCGUAAUUACGAUCUGUAUCAUUUUUCUGAGCAGUAAUGAAUCCAAGAAACCUUCAACGACGGCAUCUGAACGCACUAGUGAUAGCAAUCUAUUGAUUAUGCGACCACCUUUUAUUGAGAAAACGCAUCCAAUUCCACCCAAACUUGUCCGUCCUAAUGGAUUAAAUCAAUCCUUACCAACUAAUGCAUUCUGGUCUAAUUUACUAGUAGCCGAUAAUCAUGGGCUUAAUGCUGGUUGUGGUGAACUCACUCUAAGUCCGUAUACAAUCCGAAGUUUACCAAAACGGCUAGAAAUUUCGUAUGGAGAUUCACGUCGUGUUGCGACAAAUGAAACGAUUAUGGAAUAUUUUAAUGUGGAUGCGAGCUUUACUGCCUAUAGCCGCAAGGUUGUAAAUGGACAAAAGACAGACAAGAUCUUAUUGGGAGAAGGUAAUAGUACGUUAAGAAAUGUAGUGGAGUUUAAUGUUCUAUCGGUAUUACUACAGUAUUAUUAUGAAGAAGAUAGUAAGUGGAUGAAAGUGCCCUUGGUCCGUGGCUCACCUUACGUUACAGUCGAGUACCAGAAUGUACUUCCAGUGCUUGAGUUUAACGCUACUGUAUUGAGUAUCAAUAACAAAAAAGUGGACGAGAAAAUGGACUCACUCGCGACGUGGAAGCAAUUACAGACAUGGACCAGCAACCGUUUUGAACUUGACGUCGAAGUGUAUGGUGCUGGAGAGAGUGCACACGGAACGGGCAAGGCCCGACAAAAGUGGAUCUUGUAUUUUGAAAAGGUCCGCACGUUGCAGCUUCAGUUUGCCAACGAGACGACCUACCGACCGUACAAUAGCCGUGGUGAGCUGACAACCCCAACCAAUGUUCGACUAGUGGAUACGGACUUUUACACGGGUGCAGUGCGACUUGCGAUUGUUCCACAGGGAGCGUCACAGGUUGUAGUCGACACGCUUGACCAGUCUGCUGACAUUUAUCCCGUGGGAUCUUCGAUUACAAUGGACGUCAAUGACGUUAGCGGGUCAUUCUCGUUCUGCUGGAAAACCAAGAGGUUCUGUGCUCAAGGUGAGCCGGGUUAUCACUCAAACUCAACUUCUGACCUGCUCAUGGUGGCAAACCCGCAUCAUGUAGCGACGAUAAAGACUGAAGGCGAUGCCAUUCGGGUGCUGGGUCAGUUUGGACAUCGCACGCUGAAGUCGAAUAUGACAGCGAUACUCGGCAGCUGCUGGGAGAUGCAGGAAACGCUACCAACAACCUCAUUCCAAGAAGAAAGUGUGGUGAUUCAGCCUCAGUAUGUGGAAGCGAUAAAGACUGCUUUGUUCAACGACUCGAAGUACACUCCAGUAGCGAAUGACCCUUACUAUUUUGGAAAGGAGGUUGGUCGUCAGGCCCGUUUGGUCCUAAUCGCUGACAAGCUAGGCGAAAAGAAAUUACGUGAUGACAUGCUUGAUAGGCUUGAAGAAUGGUUGACUCCAUGGAUGCUUGGUCAGAACAGUGAUCACUUCGUGUAUGAUCGUACUUGGGGUGGCUUGUGCUCACUAAAUGGACUGAAGGGUGUAUUCUGGAUGACGGAUUUUGGAAAUGGCUGGUACAACGACCACCACUUUCACUACGGCUACUUAUUGUAUGCCGUCGCUGUGAUUGGCAAGUAUCGCCCGGACUUUGCACAGACGCAUAAGGCUGCUGUUAUGUCCAUUGUGCGCGACAUUGCUAGCCCUGACCAGACCGACACCUUUUUCCCGUUCACCCGUCACUUCUCUUGGUUUGAUAGCCACUCAUUUGCCAGUGGUGUCUACAUUCUAGAUGGUGGCAAGUCUCAGGAGAGUGUAAGUGAAGCCAUUAACGCUUAUUAUGGCGUGUACCUGGUGGGCAAGUCCUUCCAGGCUCCAGAGGUGGAGCAUAUUGGCCAUCUUCUUCUUGCCAUGGAGAUCCGCGGUGCGCAAACAUACUGGCAGAUGCCGUCUACCUCUAACAUUUAUGAACCAAUAUACGCGGCCAACAAGAUGACGGGUCAAGUUGCUGCCACGAAAGUGUCUUAUACGACGUGGUUUGGUCCACAAAUCGAGCAUAUGCAUCUGAUCAAUAUGAUUCCGUUUACGCCGAUCACGAGCGAGUUCUUAACGCCCGCGUAUGUCAAGGAGGAGUACCCAAUUUUGCAGCAGCAGGCGUUUCACCGCGCUAAAGACCCUAUUGAAGACCUUUGGAAGGGCUAUGCGUAUCUGGACCUAGCCAUUAUCGACCCGACUGAUGCGUGGGCAAAGGUCCAGAGCCUGAAUUUUUUCGAUGACGGCAACUCCCGAACGAACUCGUUGUACUGGAUCGCUACACGCCCGAUGAAUUGA